AAUCGUUAGAAAUCUUCAAUAACAUGGUGCACAUAUAAUUUUCUUAAAAUGUAUUCUUUAAAAUUUAACGGAGGAAUAUAUCUAUAAUAAAAAUACUGUCCGGAUACACGUGGCUACUGUUUCUCAACAAAUCCCGAUUCAUUCACGAAAAUACAUACAAUGAAGUUUACGCAUGGAGACUAGUUUACUACAUGAGUCAUCGGCCUUUCUCGGCAUUUUCCGUAUGUCGGUCCGCUGAAACACAUUCAAAGAACCAAUCGUCAUCCAAUAUUGACAUCAAACCGUCCAAUCAAAAGGCUCUAACAACACCUCGUGGUCUUUUCCAACAUGGCGGAUUUGGAAUUUUAUCAAGAUGAUUCCGACGAAAAUACGGAGGAUGAUUAUGGAUUUGACAGUGGCAUGGGAGAAGUGGAGGAUCUCACACCUCUUCAAAGGCUUGAGAAAUACUUGGAUAGUGAUAACAUAUUUAACAGACAAAUGUUGGCAAGAAGUCUACUUGACACACUUCGGGCUGUUAGUGAAAAUGAAGAUAUUUGUGUUGCAGUCCUUGAUGCCAUGUCUAGAUUGUCAGAAGAUCCUGAACCCUCUGUGCGAUCUGAAUUGAUGGAGCAAGUUCCUCAUAUUGCUGUAUAUUGUCAAGAAAAUCGGCACAUUUUUGAAAAUGCAAUACCACGUUAUAUUCUUCCCAUGGUUGUGAGAUAUCUCAACGAUGCUAACAGCCAAGUGAGAAAGACCAGCCAGGCAGCUCUUUUAGUUUUAUUGGAACAAGAACUUGUUGAAAAAUAUGAUGUAGAACAGCAAGUUGUCCAAGUUAUUCUAGAAUUGGCAUCUCCUGAAAGUCUAGAUGAUUAUAGAUCAGAGGCUGCAGCACUCAUGAGUAAAAUGGCUCCAUUGUUGGGCAAAGACAUUACUGAACGUUUGUUUCUUCCGAGAUUUAGUGAGAUGUGUACAGACCCUUUAUUUCAUGUUCGCAAGGUGUGUGCUGCUAAUUUUGGAGAAGUGGCUAGUGUUGUAGGUGUAAAGAAUUGUGAAGAUGUUUUACUGCCUCAGUUUUACUACCUUUGCGAAGAUGGUGUUUGGGGAGUAAGAAAAGCCUGCGCAGAGUGUUUCAUGACUGUUUCUUGUGCUUGUUCUCUUGAGACCCGUAGAAAUGAACUUGCUGAGAGAUUUGUUAAUUUGCUAUGUGAUUCAUCCAGAUGGGUUCGAAUGUCAGCUUUCCAGCAGCUAGGCCCUUUUAUUUCUACAUUUGCUGAUGCAGAAAAAACUGGGCUUUAUGUAAAUGAAGAUGGAAGUCUUAGCUUUCGAACACUAGAUAGCUUCAAUGCAGAACAGGUCAGUGAAAAUAUUUCCCAUGGAACAGAACUGAAAGGCAUAAAUACAUUUUCUGAAAGUACCUUACAAAGUGAGUCAGAUUUGGCCCACCCAGCUAAGAAAUCUGAUGAGCACGUAGAUUUUCAGUCAAGUGAAUGUUUAGGUGCAACUGAUUAUAGCAACAAUAGUGAAAUGCAAAUUCAAGCAAUGCUAAUUGAUAGCAGUGCAGAUGAUAAUUCUAGUAAAGAUGAAACAUGCACAGGAAAACUAGUAUUUGACUUAAAUGAUAAGUCAGUGGAAGAAUUCCGUGCAGAACAGUUGGGAAUUGACAUUGGUAACAAACAAGCAAAGUUAAAUCUGGAAUCUAAUUAUGAUUUUGAAAAUGCUCAAUCUUCUCUUUGUGAUAUUAGUAAUAGCAGCAGUCAGAACUUAGAUCAUGAAUCAGUAUCUUCUAAAAUUAAAUCUAGUCAUAGUGAUAUUAGUAAUGAUAGCAGCCCUAGCUGUAGAAGUAUACUCAUACCUGACACAAAAUCUAGUGAAAGUGUUAAAGAUACAGGUUGUGGUGACACAACAGGGAAAGGGAAAUUUUUUGUGCCUUAUUCAGACAAAGGGGAUCAGUCUGAUUCUGAUAGUGUUUUUUUGGAUAGCACCAAGGAAAUAAAUGCAGCAGUUACUUCUUUGGGAUCUGGCGAUGAUCCAUCUUCUAAUAGAGUACAUGUACAUCUUGACAACAACUUUAAUACGUUCCAAUAUUGGAGAUCUCCCCUUCCUGAGGUAAACAUUGAUUUGGAUAUUAUCAACGGACAGCCAACAAAUAUACAUGUGGUGGCAAAAGUGAAGGAUGAAGAUUCUAAAAAGGUCUAUGCCUCUGAAAUUAAUGUAAGCAUAUCAGGAUCUUUAAAAGCUAGAGCUGACAAUGUAGUAGAUUCCUUAUCUGGUUUAUCAUUAGGAAGCAGCAUAACCCAAUCAUUUUCUAACUCUUCAUAUGCAACAUCUGAAAUAGAAAAAUCAGGAGUUAGGAUUCACACUGCCAGUGUCAGCACUGUAAGUGAUGUUGCAGAUGAGACUGUAGCACACAUUGGAAGCACUCAUGUAUUAGGACAGCAUUUAGGUGAACAGCACUUGGCAAUAGUAGAUGGUGUAGUGCAAGAUCUAAGCAGUAGUAGCAUAAAUUUCAUGGAUGACUUGCCUUCAAUGGAUUUUGGCGUAGAUGAUGCUACAUUAGCCCAGCAACAGAGCAUUGUCCCACAGAUGCUUUUGGAAAAUUAUUUGGGUAUGGUCGAUCCUUCUCGUGCUCAAACAGUUGAUGGAGAGAUCACUAAACACUGUGCCUAUAACUUACCGGCUGUUGCAUACACUCUUGGAAGACAGAACUGGCAUUGCAUUAAAAAUUUGUACGAAACACUGGCACAAGACAUGCAGUGGAAAGUUCGCAGAACUCUGGCCUUUUCUAUGCAUGAACUUGCAAUGAUUGUUGGAGAAGAAAUAACACAUAAAGAUUUAGUACCUAUAUUUGAUGGCUUUUUGAAAGAUCUAGAUGAAGUGAGAAUUGGGGUGUUAAAACAUUUGGCAGACAUUUUUCGGUUACUCAGGCCAGAAGUAAGACUGCAAUAUUUAGCAAGAACUCAGGAGUUUAUGAAGACAGAUAAUCAACGAAAUUGGAGAUUUCGGGAAGAACUGGCAGAGCAGCUUAUACCAGUGUGUGACCUUUUCCACUGUAUAGACAUUGUUACAAAUAUCGUCCCACUUGCCAUGGUAAUGCUUACAGACAAGGUAGCUCAGGUCCGGCUUGUUACUCUACGACUGUUGUGUGCAAUUUUAAAGAAGACUUAUCAAGAUGAUGAAAAAAAAUUGCUUGCUUCAGUGUGCAACAAUAUUAUUGAACAAUUCGCUAAUGAUUAUCGAUGGCUGUCAAGGCAAACAUUUGCACAGUUAUGCUAUGUGAUAUUAGAAGAAAACAGUCUUCCUCCUGAUGUUUUUGCAAAAAAUUUUCUUCCAAGUUUGCUAGCACUUAGCUUAGACCCUGUACCCAAUGUUAGAAUUUCCUUGGCGAAGGUGAUGUCUCAGAGAAUUAUGCCUCUAGACUACUUUACAACACAACAAAAUCCUUACCAUGAAGAUUUGGUACAAACUCAGCAAAAACUUCAGUCUGAUGUGGAUAAAGAUGUUCGAUAUUUUGCUACAUUACAGCCUGGAAGUGAAAUAACACAUGAUCAUGAUAUGGUACCUGUCUGAAGUUCCAUUGAUAUUUGUUGAAGUUAGUAUGGUUCCAAAGUUAAAACAUCUCAGUAUUCUUUCAAAGUUUUUUUUAUACAAUGCAUAACAACAUUUUAAAUUUUUUAUUUUACUAGUAUCCCUAUUGAAAGUAUGAUUUGUAUUUAAAAAACAAAUAUUUUACAAUAAAGUAUGAAGUUAAAACUGAUUUCUUAGUCUUUUAAUUCAUAAUUUGUUUUUAUAUUAUCAAUGCUUUUUAUGUCAAUUGACACAGCUAAAAAUUCCAUUUUAAUUUCCAAUGUUGGUUUGUUUUUUGUAUUGAUUUUUCAAUUAGAAGUUAUUAGUUCAAACACCUGACUUCUUUACCCUAUUUUCUUGUCUACUUGCCUGACUGCAAUAAAACUGUGAUUUAUGGUGCCUUAUUUGUGCAGUAAUGUACAGGUUUUUUUUUAAUUGGUCUCCAACAAAUGUUGGAACUAAUAGCACUAGAGGAUUGUGAUACAUUUAAGUAUUGCAUGAUUAGUUUCUUUUAUCUUUCAGGUAUAGAUUUUUAUUAAAAUGAUUCAAUUGUACAUAUUCAAUACCUCUAUACUCAAUACACCAAUUUAAAUAUUAAAACUUGUUAUAAAUGCAUUUGUUGGCCUUGUUAAAUGUAAUUAGUUGAUAAUACCAGUAGACUUAGAUUUUGUCUAGAGAUAACAUUACGGGGGUGGGGGAGAGAACAAUGACUUACUGUUUUGUUCUUGGCUGAGAUGAGAAAUAUUCUGAGUGCAGAAAAAUCAUAUCUACAAAAUUGUCAGCAGUGUUUGAAUACUGUAGUUGAUUAGAAACCAUGGAUGGGUUGUUAUCCUAAGUUAUGUUACAGAUAAUUAACAAAUUUGUUUUAAUUGCAUCAUAGUUUCUUUUAUUUGUUGGUUCUUUAAAUGGAUAUUUAAUUGAAACCUAUUGAUAUGAACAUGUGCUUUUUAUUAGUAAGUUAUCAAUAAGAAUUUUAAGUUAUUCACUUUUAGGAACCUUAACAAAUUGUGUUGGAGGUGCAGUGUUUUAUGGCUGGCCCAAUCUUUGAUAUUUGGGGGUGGCUAUAGUUUUCUGAAAAUUGGGCUCAGUGCUAUUUCAAAUAACCACUGAGCAAAUCUUUCUGUACAGUGCUCAUUAGCAAAUAUUUUUUACUUGUAACUAACGAAUGUACAUUGUGUGAAAAUGUCAAAUAUUAAUUUUGUUGCUUAAUCAAACUCCAAUGAAUAGUAGCUGAUGUCUUUCAGUUGAGUCUUUCUAAUGCACCCACGUUUGGUUAGGAUAUUGAAGACAUGAAGUGCUAUUUAUUUUUACUGAUGUAUAUUGUAUAUGUGUUAGUCUCAUAUUAAGACUAAAUUAUUAAUUCACUUGCAUAUGUAUAUUACACAUUUUGAAGGUUUAGUUAACAAUGUUUAUUCUAGAAUAUACUACUUUUUUUUUUACACAAGUGUAUUUGUUUGGUACAAAUAAUUUAAUUUUUACACACCAUAUUUCGGCAAAUAUUAAACUAUCCAUUAACAUGAAACUUUGUUUUUAAAUAAGAAUUAUUAAUUAAAAAGGUUUAGUGACUGAAAACAAAUGCUGGACUACUUAAAUUAUGACAGGAGAAAGUGUUAAUGUAAACAGCUGCCAAAAUGCCUUUAUUGUAUUGGAAAUAUAUAAUAGUUAUAUAACAUGUAUAAGCAUUUUAUUUAUUUCAAUGGUUGAACAAUAAAAUAAAAAUA